AUGGUAGCGAAACGAAGGUUACCGGAUAGACCUCCCAAUGGGAUUGGGGCUGGUCAAAGUCCUAGGUUGGUACCCAGACCUUUGAACAUACAGGGGUCGUUGGUCACGCUGACACGGCCGUUCAAGGUUCCAUUCAAGGGGAAGAAACAACCUUUACAGUCGAGAUCAACUAAUCAGGAGUAUUUGGAUGGCGGGGGAAGAUCGCUGAGGAAACGGUCGCAGACCGUUUCCUACGCGGGGCUAGACACAGAGAAUGAAUUGCCGCCCAUGUCGCAGGGUCAUCACGUAAGGAAAGAUGCUUUGAGUAGUAGAAGAUUGGCAGAAGAUCCGACGAGACUCAGCAGCAUUGAAACUGUGUUGAGGAGGUCUUUUACUGUACCGAUAAAAGGGUAUGUUCAAAGACAUAGUUUACCGCUUACGUUGGGGACCAAGAAGAAGAUCGCGUUGGAACCUAGGCCUUUACAUGACCCAACUGACGAAUUUGCCAUCGUUCUUUAUGACCCUACCAUAGAUGGCUCGAUGAUUAUACAAGAUACCACUGAUGUUCCUGUGGAUACGAGGUCACAGAGCGUUGGUCCAGAGGAAAAAGAUAAUAAAGAAAUACCUCGUAAACAACCGAAAUACUUGUCCAAUGGGCUUAAGAAUAAGACUUUGAAAGAGUUGCUGGGCGAAGAUGAAGAUACGCAAGUCAAGAAAAAAUAUGCUAAUAUACCAGUAGUCAUCGAUCCGAAAUUGGCCAAGAUUUUAAGACCGCAUCAGGUGGAAGGUGUAAGGUUCCUUUAUCGUUGUGUUACUGGACUUGUCAUGAAAGAUUUUCUGGAUCAAGAGACUGUGAAGAAUGGUUCUGCAGAAGUUGGUACAGAAGUUGGUAAAGAAGUUGUGAUAAAUAGAGGUGCGUAUGGUUGUAUCAUGGCUGACGCGAUGGGGCUCGGUAAGACUUUGCAAUGUAUCGCAUUGAUGUGGACUUUACUCAGACAAGGUCCGCAAGGUAAAAAAUUAAUUGAUAAAUGUAUCAUCGUGUGCCCUUCAUCAUUGGUCAAUAAUUGGGCAAAUGAACUGGUCAAAUGGCUAGGUCCUAACGUGCUAACGCCCUUGGCCAUCGAUGGUAAGAAAACAACAAGUGUAUCGGAAUCUAUAAGAGUGUGGGCGCAGGCACAAGGUAGAAACAUCGUGAAACCAGUGCUUAUCAUUUCAUAUGAAACUUUGAGGCGAAACGUUGAACAACUGAAGAAUACGAGGGUUGGUCUUAUGUUAGCAGAUGAAGGUCACAGACUGAAAAAUGCUGACUCCCUCACAUUCACCUCACUCGAUAGUAUUGAUUGUCCAAGAAGAGUGAUUUUAUCUGGUACACCAAUUCAAAACGAUUUGUCCGAGUAUUUUGCAUUAUUGAACUUCUCCAAUCCUGGUCUUCUAGGAACUAGAUCAGAUUUUAGAAAAAAUUUUGAAAAUCCAAUUCUGUUGAGUCGUGAUGCUGAUGCUACUGAUGACCAAAUUAAAAAAGGUCAAGAACAAUUACAAAAAUUAUCAUAUGUGGUCUCAAAGUUUAUCAUCAGAAGAGCAAAUGACAUCCUAGCAAAAUAUUUGCCCUGUAAAUAUGAGCACGUUAUAUUCGUGAAUUUAAGACCAUUUCAAAAGGAUCUAUAUGAGAGAUCGGUCAAGUCAAGAGAAAUAACCAAGAUGGUCAAAGGAAACGAAGCAGGUUCACAACCGCUAAAGGCAAUUGGUCAAUUGAAAAAACUUUGUAACCACCCAGAUUUACUAAAUUUCGAGGAAGACCUCGAUAAUUUGGAUGGGCUCAACAUACCGGAUGACUAUGAGAUUCCAUCAAGUUCUAACACAAAUUUUAGAAGAAAUGUUCAAACGGAAUUCUCGGGUAAAUUUGCUAUUCUAGAACGAUUCUUAAAGACAAUCAGGAGUCAAUCCGAUGAUAAGAUCGUUUUGAUCUCAAACUAUACUCAAACUUUGGAUCUGAUCGAAAGACUUUGUCGCCACAAGCACUAUGCAUCAUUGAGACUCGAUGGUACAAUGAACAUAAAUAAGAGACAAAAAUUAGUCGAUCGGUUCAACGAUCCUGAGGGACAAGAGUUUAUCUUUUUACUGAGUUCAAAAGCUGGUGGUUGUGGUAUCAAUCUGAUCGGUGCAAACCGUUUGAUACUGAUGGAUCCUGAUUGGAACCCAGCAGCAGAUCAACAGGCUUUGGCUCGUGUUUGGAGAGAUGGGCAGAAGAAGGAUUGUUUCAUUUACAGAUUUAUCUCCACGGGGACAAUAGAAGAAAAAAUCUACCAGCGGCAAUCCAUGAAGAUGAGUUUGAGUUCCUGUGUUGUGGACGCUCAGGAAGAUGUAGAGAGACUCUUCACUACGGACAACUUGAGGAUGUUAUUCAAAUAUAAUGGAAAUACCAUCUGUGAUACCCAUGAAACCUAUCAUUGUAAGAGAUGCGACGCUAAAUCGGGCAAACAAUUCAUUAAGAGUUCCGCUAUGCUAUAUGGUGACGCAACAACAUGGAAUCAUUUGAAUCAUGAUGCGUUGCAAAAGACUAACGAUCACCUUCUCCGAAAUGAAUACAAUCACCCUGAUAUUAGUUACGCCUUCCAGUACAUCUCACAUUAA